CUGCAAAAAAAAAAAAGAAAAGAAAAAUCCAGCCGGAUGUUUUUCCGCGUCGCCAGAAUGUGAUGGAGGGGAAGGUUCGCUCGUUCUCGUCCCCAAGACCGUCGUGCGGCUCCAGCGGGCGGCCCCGAAACGGGCACCAAUGAGUCGAGCUUUGUGAGAGGGCAGCAGUCAGCCCCGUGUGCUGGAUGUCUGUGACAGAUCCAUGGGCCAGAAGGACCAUGUGGAGGCAGGAGCAGGCCACAUCCUCGACCUGGGGCUGGAUUUGGAGUAUCUCCACAUAGCAGGGUCUGACCGGCAGGCUGGCGGCUCUGACGGGCCCCCUGCUAUGGAGGAGCAGGGGGAGCGCUCCGGCAACAGCAGCACCGCCGAUUCCCCUCCUCCGGCUGUGGCGGAAGGAAACGCCGGGUCUGAUGCGGAGUGCGAGCCGCAUGGAGAGUGCGGGUCAACUCCGAGUAAGAACGCCCACCAGCCGCUUUGUCGGACCCAAUGUGUGGACUUAGGCACCGAGGGUCCUCCUGAACCCUCGUCUGAGCCCUCACCAGAGCGUGAACACAAGCCCCCACCCAGCUCGCCAUGCAAGCACCCACCAGAGCCUCCUUCCAAUCCCUCCUCGUCAGAGCCGGCGCCCGAGGCCGGCGGUAAGGAGUACCAGGCGAAGCUGGAGUUUGCCCUGAAGCUGGGCUACUCGGAGGAGACGGUGCGGCUGGUGCUGUCCAAGCUGGGCCCUGACACCCUCAUCAAUGACAUACUGGGAGAGCUGGUCAAACUGGGCACCAAGUCAGACAGCGAGCAGCCGGCCGGAUCAUUAGCCUCUAUCUCAUCUUCUUCGUCCUCCUCUUCCUCUUGUGGCUGUUCUGAUCUGCUGGAUAGCCAGAGGUCGGACUCGCCCUGUCCGCCGGACGCUCUGAGCGACCAGGACAACCUGCGGCCGGUUGUCUUGGACGGCAGCAACGUAGCCAUGAGCCACGGCAACAAGGAAGUGUUUUCCUGCCAGGGCAUCCAGCUGGCUGUGGAUUGGUUCCUAGAGCGAGGCCAUCAUGACAUCACAGUGUUUGUGCCGGCUUGGAGGAAAGAGCAGUCGCGCCCCGACGCCCCGAUAACUGAUCAGGACAUCCUGCGUCGCCUAGAGAAGGAAAAGAUCCUGGUCUUCACUCCUUCGCGGCGCGUCCAAGGUCGCCGCGUGGUUUGCUACGACGACCGCUUCAUCGUCAAGCUGGCCUACGAGUCAGACGGCAUCAUCGUCUCCAACGAUAACUACCGAGACCUGGCUAACGAGAAGCCCGAGUGGAAGAAGUUCAUCGACGAGCGGCUGCUCAUGUAUUCCUUUGUCAACGACAAAUUCAUGCCCCCAGACGACCCUCUCGGUCGUCAUGGCCCCAGCUUAGACAACUUCCUGAGGAAAAGACCCAUUAUGCCUGAGCAGAAGAAACAGCCCUGCCCAUACGGAAAGAAGUGCACUUACGGCCACAAGUGUAAGUACUACCACCCAGAAAGAGGUGCUCAUCCUCAGCGUGCUGUGGCUGAUGAGCUGCGUGCCAGUGCCAAGACCUGUGUCACCACAAAGAACCAGGGGGACACCGGCUUGGUGAAGAGCCACAGUGUGCCAGCUGGCAGCAUCGAGGCAAAGAAAGGCGCCCAGAAAAGGCAGUCGGACCCCAGCAUCCGAGCUCUGUCGUACAGCGACGCGGAGGAGAAGCUGGCAAAAGGGAGGGCGGAAAGCCAGAAGAACAUCAUGUGUGGCAGUAGCAGUGGUAUAAGCAUGUCCUCAGCCCCGGGAGGCCCCCCAUCCAGUUUCAGCCUUCCCCAGGACCAGCAGUCCAGAGCGGUGACUCCCCAUAGUCUGCCAGCCCCCAGCCAUGACCUUUACCCUCACUGUGAGUCUCCAGACUUGAGCUACUACUCAGUAACGCGUGCUUACUCCGGCCUGAGCCUCUCCUCCAGGCGGAGCCCGGACUGCCGCUUCCCCAAUGACACGGACCUGCGGCUCGGCUCCAUGGGCUCGGCGGGCUCCGAGUGCGGCAGCGAGAGCAGCGUGAGUUGCGGCAGCAGCUGCGACUCGUACGGCGAGCGGCCGUGUCCCGGGUGCCCCGCGGAGACCUUGCUGGACGACGGCGUCCAUUUUGCUAAUCCCCACAGCCGGCUGUAUCCCCACCACGCCGCGGCAAACCAUGACCUAUGUGGCCUUCAUCCUGCCGAUUACUCGAGCAUGCAGCACGCCCACACGGCUAACGCGGGAGCACACGGCUACCACCUGAGAGGGCAGUCCUGUGCUCACGAUCAGCCUCCGCCGGAGGCUCCUCCGAAGCGCCCCCUCUACCCGUUGCCCCCCCACCUCCAGCACCAGCCCCUGACCGCUCGCUCCAGCUGCCCAGGCGACUACCACUCUCUGCCCCAGUCCAACCCUCACCCCCCUGGCUCUCCUCUGGGCCGCUGCCUGGCCCCGACGCGAGGCGAGAGCGUGUCAGAAUCUCAUCUGUAUGAACACCUGUCCACAUCGCACCAUCACCACCGGACAAAAGCGCUGCCCAGCUGGGACACGUACUACAGGCAGCCUCUGCUGCCGCCGUCCAGGUACGAGCCAUCCGCCUAUCAGAGUCUGCCGGACACGCGCCAGGCGUCCUGGCACGCCCCUCCCUGGGCGCAGGACGGCUACGCCCAGCACCACUCCUCCCACCCGGCUCUCCACCCGUCCCCGACACACUACUUGAACCACCCGCCGCCGCGGGCCCACUCUCCUCACCCGCCUCACCCAUCCGGCACUCCUCUCCCGCCAUACCCGUCUCACAGCGCUCACCUCGCGAUGCCCUCCCACGCUCCCCCCUCCUACAUGCCGCAGCACUCUGAGUCGCCUGCACACGGCCGCUAUGGGGACAUGAGGGAGAAAGUGUACGUCAACCUGUGUAACAUCUUCCCCUCGGAGCUGGUGAGCCGGGUGAUGGCCAGGAGCCCCCAUAUCACAGACCCCCAGCAGCUGGCAGCUGCUAUACUUUCGGAGAAAGCCCAAACCGGCUCCGACUCUAAGAACCACGAGUAG